AAAUCCCAAACUCUAUAUAACAAUUAGUAUGUGAAGUCAAUCACCCAAAGAAUGACAAGAACAAAAUCGAGAUAUAAAUAUUUAACGAAGAAAGGUAUUACCAUCAAGAAUCAAGCUUGAAUGUAAUGCCGCAAUUUAAUCCGAACAAAUAGUUUCCAAACCUCACAAUGAUGUCUAUCACUCUUAAAAUAUGCAAAAACUCUAACCUUCACUAAUAGCUUAAUUAAAAAUAUUUAUAGUGAUGAAAGAAUAUCAAAAAAUCAAAAUUUCCUUAAAAUACUCAUUCUAGGUCGGCCCAUAGCUGCGCUGAGAUUUUGUGCUGCACUUGCCAGAUUACCUCAUUGACUUGACUCCCAACAUGUUCCUAACAAUUUUCAAUUUUCCAAACAUGGUAGUCUUUGCAUGAACCAUCAAGAUGACUCUCUAAACUCCUCCUAACCAGUUCCUGAAGAUCAAGCAACUCUUUAAUGUGCAAUAGAACUCGCGGGAAACACAACACUUAUUUAGUUUAAGCAAAACAAGGUAGCUUUCAUAUAUCCACUUGAUAUUACAGCUAGAAAAUUUAAAUACUUCCUCCAAAAACAUAUGGACAUCAUCAUCCUAGUGAAUUUAUGUUCACUUAGAUAAGUACAGUUGUUGUGUUUUGAUGAAGCAAAAUAAACGUGCUUAAUUGACCGCGUGAAGCUUGGCCAAUAGAUGAAGAAAUAAAAAGACACCACAAGCACGACUACUGGUGGCAAGCAAAAUCACGAGCUCAGUUAAAUUUACCCCUUUAUUCCACUACUAUUCAAGAAUCAAGACUCAUAGUUAUCAUUCUUCUUCAAGCUAAAGAAGAGAAUAUAUAGCACAGUAUAUAAACAUGUCAAAUUGGCAACUUUCUUCAUCGUCAGAUGGUAAAAACACUUAUAGUGAAUCCCAUGUCAUGCAGACUUGUAACUUGUUGAAUCAGUAUCUCAGUGGAAAGGCCAGCCUCAAGGAUCUGAAACUUGGAAUCAGUGGCAAAGGAGAAGCCACAGCAACCAAGGAUUUGUUGACCAACAUGGGAGAAUCAUCAACUAAGACAACAGAACAAGACCAGAAAUUAAUAGAUCUUGUUGCUGAAAGUGCCACAACAAAUUCAACUAUGACAACAGAAACAGAAGUACAAAAGCAGAAAUUAAUAGAUCUUGUUGCUGAAAGUGCCACAACAAAUUCAACUAUGACAACAGAAACAGAAGUACAAAAGCAGAAAUUAAUAGAUCUUGUUGCUGAAAGUGCCACAACAAAAUCAACUAAGAUAACAGAAGUAGAAGACCAGAAAUUAAUAAAUCUUGUUGCUGAAAGUGCCACAACCAAGUCCUCUAGAGAAAUGGAUGUGUCUAAGGCCAGUAGCAGCAAGGAGAUACUACCAAAUAAGGAUGAGGAAAAGCCAGCCCAACUGUCUAUAUUCUAUGGGGGUAAAGUGAUGGUUUUUGAUGAUUUCCCAGCAGACAAAGCCAGAGCAGUCAUUUUAUUAGCUAGCAAAGGAAUCCCUCACAACUCUUAUGCCAUUUUUCAGACCAGCACCAUCGACAAAACUGGUCCACUUAAGGUGGGCUCUGAUUUAAAACAGCAAGCAGAGACUAAUGGAGCUAACAGCUUUGAUUUACCUAUUGCAAGAAGAUCUUCACUUUAUAGGUUCCUUGAGAAGAGGAAAGAUAAGUACAGUGGUUCGAGAUCCGCCAGUGUAGGCCACACAUUCUGCUAUCACAGAGUGCUCCUUUUGAUUCGGAGCCCAUAUGUUGGUACAUAUCUUUUAUGGUGUAUAUGUCUCCGUAUAUUUGACUGUUUGGGGUACGGCGGGGCCCUGUCCCGUCAUAUGAUUUCGUUAUGAUUCGUAGAGGCCUGUAGUCAUAUAUGUGGGUCAUGGGUCAUGUGUGUGUUUGUUUGUGUAUGAUCUGCGUCUUAGCGCAGUUCCGUUUGCUAUUAUGGCCAAACGGCCCAUCUGUCUGUAUACGUAUAUGUAUCUGGCGAUGUAUAUUCCGCCAACCUAUCAAAUUUGGAUACGGCCAGAAUGGCCUGUAUAUUUGUAUAUGUGCAUAUAUUCGGCGAUGCAUAUUCCGCCGCUUCUUUUGGUUCUGAUGUGAUGUUUUGUACGCGCAAUCGCGCA